GGAGAGGGCUGGGCCGCCUCUUGUUGCUGCCGCCAUGUUCCUCCGCGCUGCUCUGCGGGCCGCGGCCUCAGGCUCGGUGAGGCAAAUCCGAUACUUACAUAAAACACCAGCAUGCAGUUCCAGUGGAGGAGCCUUAUUUGUGCACAGAGAUAGUCCUGAGAAUAAUCCAGAUACUCCCUUUGAGUUCACACCUGAAAACAAGAAGCGAAUAGAAGCAAUCAUAAGCAACUACCCAGGGGGACACAAGUCUGCAGCUGUCAUGGCAGUGCUAGAUCUGGCCCAAAGACAGCACGGAUGGCUGCCCAUAUCGGCUAUGAACAAGGUUGCAGAAAUUUUAGAAAUGCCUCCCAUGAGAGUGUAUGAAGUAGCAACCUUCUAUACAAUGUAUAAUCGUAAACCUGUUGGGAAAUACCACAUCCAGGUCUGCACUACCACGCCUUGUAUGCUGCGAGACUCUGAUAGCAUUUUAGAAGCCAUCCAGAAGAAACUUGGUAUUAAAGUUGGGGAAACAACGCCUGAUAAACUCUUCACGUUGAUAGAAGUGGAAUGCUUGGGUGCUUGUGUAAACGCACCAAUGGUACAAAUAAAUGACAACUAUUAUGAAGAUUUGACACCCAAAGAUAUCGAAGACAUAAUUGAUGAGCUAAAGGCUGGGAAAGUUCCCAAACCCGGCCCAAGGAGCGGACGUUUUUCUUGUGAGCCAGCUGGUGGCCUGACAUCACUGACUGAACCACCCAAAGGACCAGGUUUUGGAGUUCGAGCUGACCUCUAAGGAGUUUUGUAAUAUAUGUUAAACUGUCUGGAAAUAAAGUAAUUUUAAUCUCAGUAAAA